UGUGAAUAUGAAGGAAGCUCGUUGCGUGCAAAAUAUGGAGGCUCGGUGAAAGGCAGCAGUCCUGUUUUCAGGGUGCGGUAGUGUCUACGAGUAUUUUCGCUGAAAUUAGUCAUAAAGAGCUCUUUAACUCUUACAUGUUGUAACAUCGAAGGACGGACAAGCAAAAUGUCAGCGGAAACGGUAACGGUACGCUCGGAGGAAGGCAGUGGUCCUCCGGCUGCGUUUCCAGUGGCGCUGAAGAAAAUACUGGAAAUUCCUCCGCCGAAUUUGUUGGAAUGUUCAGAUGAAAAUGAGAAAGAGAAGAUUUCAGGAGAUGACGUGGACUCCGGAGGUGGAGUCAGUGGACUUGGGCCAUCAGCUGCCUUGACCCCUGCUAUUUGGGACAAGACAAUUCCAUAUGAUGGCAAAACCUUUCAUCUUGAGUACAUGGAUCUGGAAGAGUUUCUGAUGGAGAAUGGUAUUUCUGCUUCUGAGCAAGUCGAGCAGAAGAGCAUAGCUAAAGAGAGCUCCAAGCAGCUAGUAGAGAAAGCCUCCACCAUAAUCCCAAAGACAGAACCAAGCCCAGCAGCACCCAUCUCUCUUCUGCCAACCAUGGAGCUGGAGCAGUGCGAUGAAGAAAUAACUGUUGUCUCAGACUCAGCACAGACGGAAACAGGCCUAAACAAAGAUAGUGAACGUCUGACACCAGACCCCAUUAACCCAGAAGAAAUUGAGAUAUCAGUGAACUUCGAGCCAGAUCCUGCAGACCUUGUGCUUUCCAGUGUUCCCGGAGGAGAGCUCUUUGACCCUCGCAAGCAUCGCUUUAAUGAAGAGGAUCUUAAACCACAGCCCAUGAUCAAGAAAGCCAAGAAAAUAUUUGUGCCUGAAGAGCAGAAGGAUGAGAAAUACUGGCAGAGAAGGAAGAAGAACAACUUUGCUGCAAAACGUUCCCGAGAUGCCAGACGGCUGAAGGAGAAUCAGAUCACAGUCCGUGCAGCCUUCUUGGAGCGGGAGAAUCUGGCUCUGAGGCAGGAGGUGGCUGAACUGCGCAAGGAUUUGGGACGCUGUAAGAAAAUCGUGGCUUGCUAUGAAGCAAAAUACGGAGCGCUGUAAGAGAUAACAGCUGGACGAUUCGUGUUUUCAAGAGAGUCAGUCCUUUACUACAGUCACAUUUUGCCUUUUUUUUUAAAGUUUACUUUAUUCCUAUAUUACUUUUUUUGAUGCUUGUCCAAACCUUGGACACUCUUGGAAAAAGAGUUGUAUUUUCUUUUUGUACUGAAACCUGGCUCCAGGGUAAUGGACUGUUUUAAUGCAUGAGGGACAAAAUAAUGAAUUAAAGAGAUUAAAAAAGCUUUAACAGCAGAAAUCAGAUUAUCACAUGGUCAGUGAAAGCAAACCUAACUACAAUUACAUCAACCCCACCUAACUGUUAUGUUUAUAUAAUAAAAUAUUAUUUUUGAAAAUGAUAGUUUAUAUUAAUGGUACCUACAAUGGGCUUUCAUAACAUAUUAAUAAACAUUGCUUGAAUAUUUUUUAAAGCAAUACUGGAGUAUGUAUGCAAGGCUUAGGUCAAAGUCUGAUAUGACAAAAAGGUUUGGUGAAGUGUAUUGGUUAGACUUUACAUUAAAGAGAUAUUAAUAUGGUGUACAUAUUGUAGUUAUAUUUUUUAAACAUGUUUUAUAAAGUACACCUUUUUAUUUUCCUCUUGCGCAUAAAGAAAUUCAACCGAAGUAGUACCUUUUGCAUUAAAAGCUACAAUAAAGCACCAUUAAAAUAAAUGUUUAUGAAGCCAAUGUUCCAACCAAAUGAACCAUUUUAGUACACUCCAAAGUGAUAUAUUUGUAUUUAUAACGUUAAAGCACUAUUUAUACAUUCUUAAAUUAAAAAGUUGGAUUAAAUAAUUAUAGAAAUAAUCUCCAUUUGACAUUAAUGAUAAUUGAUGCUUCGUUCUUCUCCCUUUGCUCUUAGGAAAUGUCCCAUAAAACCUCAAGAUUUUGACAUAAGCCUUUCAUAAAUACUCCAGCAUUGCUUUUUUUAAAAGAUCCAUGAAAUGUUUAUGAAUGUGUUAAAGUGUCUACACUUUAAAUAAAGUGUUAAGCAGCAAAGUUACAGAAGCUUGAACAGUUUACUAACACUUAUUAAAGAUCUGUUACUUUCCUGUGCUUUGACGUUCUUCCUGGAAGCAUGAAGAACAGAAUAUUCAGAUUGAAUUGGUGGUCCUGAUUUGGAAUAGGGGGAGGAGAAACACUGUAAAUAAAAUCCAACAUCUUGUGACUGAAUAGUUAUUUCAACUUCUCUAUCUAUCAAAGUAAAAAAAAAAAAAAAAAAAAAAAAAAAAAAGUCAUGUGACCACUAACAUGCAUUAAAAAAUUAAUUGGCUGGUGUAUUUUUAAUUGAAAAAUUUGAUCGUUAAAGUUUUAUAGUAAGAUAAAUAUAAAUAACAGGUGUGCAUUUAAUUGUGCUGUUUCAGCUGGGGUGAAAGGUAAAUGGACUAUUUAUCUAGUUAUUUCUCAUAGCUAUUAUUCAUGAUUGACUGCAGGGCUUUAUUUUUCAAGGUAGUAAAAUGUGUAUACUGUUUUAGAUUACAGAGUUGAUCAGGGACUACUUUGCAUCUCAUAAUACCUGUGCAUUAACUUGAACUGCUUUGGAAUUAUUUUUAGACUCUAUGAGAUUCUCAUUUGUAGAUAUUUUAGAUAAAAUACAGUUAAUGGCAUUGUACCUCAGUGACGUUUUGACAACUUGUUAGAAGUUUGGCUAAUAUACUUGUGCUUACUAAAAGAAAUUAUGUUUGUUUCUUUUUUUCCCAGAAUGAAACUGUCCAGUAGGCAUUACAUAAAUGCAUUUUAAGCAACUAAAUAAUUUAGCCCUUAACAUGUGACGUUUAACUGAAAUUAAUUGGUCACAAGAAAGGGCUGUUGUACUGACCAGCUCCAGGUUAAUAAGCUCAGAAACAUGGUUCAGUAUGUGUAUGAAAAUAUUAGAUUUCCAGAUUCUAAAUUUGAAGAGAAAGAAGAUACAUGCCACAUUUGUACUGCAUGUCUAAUCAACUCUUUAUUUCAUGUUGAAAGGUAAUUUAUACGUGUUUCUAUAUUAAAAAAAAUCUUAACUUGACUAGGGUCACUGUCCUUCUAUUUCAUGUAUAUUAACAAUCAAACAUCAUUCCAACUCCAGAUCUGGAGAGUCAGAGUCCAGUUCUCUGAUUCAUCAGGUUCAGCUGAUGAGUGGAAUCAUGUGUUUGUGAACAGGGAAAGCAUUAUAUUGUGCUGUAACAAACCUGGUUUGUAGAAUAAUGCUUUUUUGUAACUUUCAUGCUGAAUGUUCCAUGCUUCUGUAUGUUAUUAAAGAGAAUGUGUCUUGUCAGUGUA